AUGAAAUUGACCACUUCACCGUCAGUAAAAGGUUCUGCCUCACGGAUGUCGCUGGUGUGCCAACGUUCUAUAUGGGAUCGGACCACCGCUUCCUCCGAGGAAGAUUUUCCUUCACAACGAGAGCAGAGAAAGCCGCCAAGUUCAGAGAGAGAAAUCCCAGGACUAUCAUCAACUGGGAUCGCUACGCUAGCCGGUUUUUGGGAAGAUUCUGCAAUGGACAACAUCGACGAGGAAUAUGACCGGCUCGUUGAACACCUUCACUACUGCGCGAAGAAGGCUGAGUGUUUUAAAACCACCAAGAGACGCCUGUCUCUUGAAACUCUUGAGCUGAUACGCCAGCGUGGAGCAGCACGAGCCGCAGGGAACCAAGAACUCAUGUACGAGAACGCACGGCUUUGCAGAGAGGCGUUAAAGGAAGACUUUAAAGAGUAG